AUGGCUGCUGUUCCUCAAAAUAAUCUCCAGGAGCAACUGGAGCGUCAUUCAGCCAGAAAACUUACCAACAAAUUAAAUCUUUCAAAACCCAAAUCUUCCUGUUUCACUUUUAAAAAGAAAAUACCUUCAGCCAACAACGUGUCUGUGACCUGUGUGUCAGUAGCAAAAACGCCUGUGUUGAGUGAUAAAGAUGUCAAUGUUGCUGAGGACUUCUCCUUCACUGACACUUUACCUCGUACCGUGAGCCCGCAGACAAGGAUCGGUGCCUUUAAAAAUGUUGCUGCAGGACAGCAAGCCAAGAGAAUUGGUUCAAAACCAUUUUCGCCAGAACCGUUGCCGAUUCCGAGGGAAGUUUCCCUGGCUGCGCAGAGCACGCCGAGUAGAAAGGAAUUCCGUGAUGCCACUUUCAAGAAAUUAGAAUAUAGUUCUUCAUCAGAUUGGGAUGACAUGGAUGACUUUGAUACUUCUGGAAAUUCAAAGGCAUCUGUUACCCCACUCAGAAAUCACUCUGUACGAGUAAGCACUGCCCAGAAAUGUAAAAAGUCUAAGAAAAACGUCUUGAAAGCACAGUUUCAAAAGGAAAACACAGUACAGGUUGAUCUGACUACUCCUUCCUCCGAAUGCAAGCAAGUGGAUUUGACUAAGGAACAGAAGGCGGACCCCGAAUGGCUGAGCAGCGGUGUGAUUUGUAUUGACGAUGGCCCCAGUUCCGGAGAGCUUACAAAUGAAGAUACUCAGAAUAGUCACUCUUUAAAAACUCAUUUGGGAGAGGAAAGAGAUAAUAGUGAGAAGGAAAAACACUCGGAAGACACUGAAUUCCAGACAGUGGAGAAAUCUCCAUGUGCCGAGCUUAAUGAAGAUGAUUAUGAUAUCGAUUUUAUUCCACCUUCUCCAGAAGAAAUAACGAAUUCUGCCUCUUCUUCCUCCCUGAAAUGCUUUAGUAUGUUAAAGGAGCUUGACACCUGUGACAGAAAGAAGGAUGGCCUGAGGACUCCAGAGGACUUGUCAAAACCAGAGAAAAUGCCUCUUCAGCAAUCUAACCAAGAAACUAGCAGAGACUGUGACGGUAGCCAGGUGAGUGUGCAGCAGCAGCUUAUCCAAGUGAUGGACCGCAUCUGUAGCUUAGUUGAUACUAUUCCUGAUCAUGAGCUGAAAGCUCUGGAUUGUGGGACCAAUCUGCUUCAGCAGCGAAACAUAAGAAGGAAACUCCUGGCUGAAGCAGAUUUUAACCCAGCUGAUGCCAGUGUUCUUGGCUCCAUGUGGAGGUGCAGACCCGAGGCCGUUGGUAACGCCACGGAGGAUGUGGCAUCCGUUUCCUUGCCUUCUGCAUCUUCAAAGGGCGGUUCCUAUCCUCCAGGGAGUUCUGACGAGUUCAAUUUUCCCUCCAAUUCCAUUUCUUCUGGGGGAUGUUCAGUGACUACCCCAGGAAAGACAGGAUUCUCGGUCACCAAGAAGGAUCUCUUUGAAAGACCGUUACUGAAUCCCCAUUUACAGAAGUCCUUUGUGAGUAGCAACUGGGCCGAAACACCAAGGACAGAAAAAAGAAACGAGAGCUCUCGUUUUCCAGGAAGUGUUCUUACAAGCACGGCCGUGAAAGAUCAGAAUAAACAUUCUGCGUCAACAGGUGCCUUCGAGAGAGAAAUCCAGGCCUCCUGUGACAUUGAUACUUUUGACAUAGAUGACUUAGACGAUGAUGAUGAGUGGGAAAGUAUAAUGCAGGACUUGGCAACCAACAAGCCUUCCACAGCCGCCUACCCACCUAUUAAGGAAGGCCGGCCUGUGAAAUCGGUAUCACAAAGAGUUUCUCCAGCCAAGACGGACUGCCUUCCUGGGACGUCUGCUCAAAAUAAAAACUUCUCCGGGUCCACUCAGAAAUACCCGUCAGCGCAAAAUGCACCACCCAGAAAUCUGAAUCACGAGCACUUCCAAAGUCUUAAUUUUCCUCACACGAAAGAAAUGAUGAAGAUUUUCCACAAAAAAUUUGGUCUCCAUCACUUCCGAACUAAUCAGCUAGAGGCGAUCAAUGCCGCGCUGCUUGGCGAAGACUGUUUUAUCUUAAUGCCCACUGGAGGCGGGAAGAGUCUGUGCUACCAGCUCCCUGCCUGCGUUUCUCCUGGGGUCACCAUUGUCAUUUCCCCUCUGAGGUCCCUUAUCGUAGAUCAGGUCCAGAAGCUGACCUCAUUGGAUAUUCCAGCUACGUAUCUGACAGGUGAUAAGACUGACUCAGAAGCUACAAGUAUCUACCUCCAGUUAUCAAAAAAAGACCCCAUUAUAAAACUUCUGUAUGUUACUCCAGAGAAGGUCUGUGCAAGUAACAGGCUGAUCUCUACUCUGGAGAACCUGUACGAGAGGAAGCUCUUGGCACGGUUCGUUAUUGAUGAAGCACACUGUGUCAGUCAGUGGGGACACGAUUUCCGUCAGGAUUACAAAAGAAUGAACAUGCUUCGCCAGAAGUUUCCCUCCGUGCCGGUGAUGGCGCUCACUGCCACAGCCAACCCCAGGGUGCAGAAGGACAUCCUCACUCAGCUGAAGAUCCUCAGGCCUCAAGUGUUUACCAUGAGCUUUAACAGACAUAAUCUGAAAUACUACGUGCUCCCCAAAAAGCCAAAAAAGGUAGCAUUCGAUUGCUUGGAAUGGAUCAGCAAGCAUCACCCACGUGACUCGGGGAUAAUUUACUGUCUCUCCAGGCGGGAGUGUGACACGAUGGCUGACACCUUACAGAAGAAUGGACUGCCUGCUCUUGCCUAUCACGCUGGCCUCAGUGACUCUGCCAGGGACGAAGUGCAGCACAAGUGGAUCAACCAGGAUGGCUGUCAGGUUAUCUGUGCGACCAUUGCAUUUGGGAUGGGGAUUGACAAGCCCGACGUGCGAUUUGUGAUCCACGCGUCUCUCCCUAAAUCCGUGGAGGGUUACUACCAAGAGUCCGGCCGAGCUGGAAGAGACGGGGAAAUCUCUCACUGCCUGCUUUUCUAUACCUACCAUGACGUGACCAGACUGAAGAGGCUUAUACUCAUGGAAAAAGAUGGAAACCAUCAUACCAGAGAGACUCACUUUAAUAAUUUGUAUAGUAUGGUACAUUACUGUGAAAAUAUAACAGAAUGCAGGCGAAUACAGCUUUUGGCUUACUUUGGUGAAAUUGGAUUUAACCCUGAGUUUUGUAAGAAACACCCAGAAGUUUCUUGUGAUAAUUGCUGUCAAGCAAAGGAUUAUAAGACACGAGAUGUGACUGACGAUGUGAAAAAUAUUGUAAGAUUUGUCCAAGAACAUAGUUCAUCUCAAGGAAUGGGAAACAGAAACCAUGUCGGUCCCUGUGGGAGAUUCACCAUGAAUAUGCUGGUUGACAUUUUCUUAGGGAGUAAGAGUGCAAAAAUUCAGUCGGGGAUAUUUGGAAAGGGGUCUUCAUAUUCACGGCACAAUGCUGAAAGGCUUUUUAAAAAGCUGAUACUCGACAAGAUCUUGGAUGAAGACUUAUUUAUCAAUGCCAACGACCAACCCAUUGCCUAUGUGAUGCUUGGAAGUAAAGCGCAAGCUUUACUGAAUGGGUAUUUAAAGGUUGACUUCAUGGAGACGGAAAAUUCCAGCCGUAUCAAGAAACAAAAAGCCUUAGUGACGAAGGUUUCCCAGCGGGAAGAGGUGGUUAAGAAGUGUCUCGGAGAACUCACAGAAGUGUGCAAAUCUCUGGGGAAAGUCUUUGGCGUCCAUUACUUCAAUAUCUUCAACACGGUCACUCUCAAGAAGCUUGCAGAAUCGUUAUCUUCCGAUCCCGAGGUUUUGCUUCAAAUUGAUGGUGUCACCGAAGAUAAACUGGAAAAAUACGGUGCAGAAGUGAUUGCAGUAUUACAGAAGUACUCCGAGUGGACGCUGCCAGCCGAGGACAGCUCCCCGCAGAUGAGCCCGUCCAGCAGCAGAAGCACCGCGAGAAACGACUCGGAGGAGUGCGACGAGGAAACACCUGUAUCUUCUCGCUACUUUGCAAAUAAAACCAAAAAUGAGAGAAAGAGGAAAAGGAUGCCAGCCUGCCAAAGGCCUAAAAGGAGAAAAACUGGUUUCGGUGAUUUCAAGACAAAAGGGAGAUCCACCACAUGCAGAAAGGCAUCUCCUAAGACUCAAUCCUCCAGCAUCCCCAGGCCAACAUCAACGGCACGCGGUCCUCAGGCGGCUGCAGGAAUCGGUAGAAAACUGGGGAUUAUGGCUCCACCAAAGCCUGUGAACAGACCCUUCCUCAGGCCUACGUUUGCCUUUUCCUAA